AUGACAAGCAACGGACCUGUCAUUGUCUACGAGUGGCUGAAGACCCUCCAGCUCGCCCAGUACGUCGAGCCUUUCGUGGAUAAUGGUUACGACGAUCUGGAGGUGUGCAAACAAAUAGGAGACCCCGACCUGGAUGCCAUCGGCGUCUAUAUCCCUCACCACAGGCAGAGGAUUCACGACGCGGUUAGAAGGCUGAAGGAGGAAGCCAAAGAGACGGCCAGUGGACUGUACUUCACCCUGGAGCCGAUACCACCCGCAGCUGAGAUGUAUACAAGUCAUAUGGUGGAUCAGUAUGAGUCCAAACUGCGGGGAUCUAAGUCCUGGACCGAGCCUAACAGUGACCGGGUUGGGCGCACCGGUGGGUACAUGGGCGCACAGAGGAACCUGACGCUGGGCAACAGGAGGGAGCUGGUGAUUUACCCCAAGCUGAAGCUGAAGAUCAUGAUCAGGGAUAAACUCAUCAGAGAUGGCAUCAACCUUGCCAGGCCACCCUACUCUAAUAAGGAUGGUUCUCUUGGCAACAUAGAUGACCUUGCCCAGGAGUACUCUGAGUACUACAACACCUGCUUCAGUGACGUCAGCGACCGCAUGGAGGAGCUGCGCAAAAGACGCGUCUCCCAAGAGCUUGACAUGGAGAAACAAGACCCAAGCAGCACCUCUCUGCAGCUCCGCACUGAGAUUCAGGAGUCAUUAGGCUUCAGCAGUGAAGUGUCCACUCCAGAAACAGACAGAAAAAUGCCCCUGCACAAAUCCAGCUCUGAAGAUGGAUCUGGAGGUAAAUGGGACAAUAAGAAGAAGAACAAAUCUUUCUGGCAGAACUUCCGCAAGUCUCAACACAAGCCUGUCAUGCGGCAGACAUCCAAAGGAGAGGACAUUGGGUAUGUGGCCAGUGAGAUCACCAUGAGUGAUGAGGAGCGAAUUCAGCUGAUGAUGAUGGUGAAAGAGAAGAUGAUCACCGUAGAAGAAGCUCUCGCUCGGCUGAAGGAGUAUGAGCGCAGCAGACAGUCCAGCAGUACUGACACUGCAGAGUGGACUGAUGGAUCUGCAGCCAAUCUAAACCAGUCCUCAAACUGCAACUCUCGCGAACAGUCAGAUGAUGAGCAAUCAGAGGACUCUGUGAAGUUCAAACGACUUCACAAGUUGGUUAACUCUACACGCCGGGUCAGGAAAAAACUCAUUAAGGUGGAGGAGGGCAAGAAACAUGGUUCUGAAGAUUUUCUGAAUCUGGAAGCACCUCCCACCUGUGAGGACAACACAGCUCUAUAUACAGGGGUCCUGAAGAAGCCCCUGUUACACCAAGAGGCCUCUCUGCCUUCUCUCACCCAGGAUCAACUCUCUCUGGAUGGAGAUACAGACAGUCUGACCACCUCCCCUUCUUCCAGCAGCCUGGACACCUGGUCUGGACACAAGCUGGUCAAAACCUUCAGUAAGUCUUCCAGUGCCCACGGUCUCAUCCGCCCGCCCAGGAGAACACCAGCUGGCUCCGGGGGCCUUGGAGGCUCCGGUGUGGGAGGUAGUGGCUCCUCCUUCUCAGAGUUGGAUGGCUGUGGAUUGGACGACGAGGGGAAACUGUCACGCUCCACGACUGACAGUGAGAUGCGGAAGGCCCUGAGCUCCAUCUCCCAUGGGGUAAGUAACAACGAGGCCCUCUAUGCCUUCUAUGGCCUCACCAAACCUCGCCCCAAACCCCAUGCCCAGUCCCACCUCCUGAUCUCCUUGGAUGAUGGUCCCCAAGGGAGCCCCAAACACCAACCUGCCAACCGGCACCUUGGCAGCUGGACACACCGGAAACCUGACCCCAACUAUGCUUACUCAACCAAGCACCUUCUAUACCAACGCUCGCGCAACACCAAGACCCCUGUCUCCCCUUUGUCUGUCACCCCCUCCUCCCCUGUCCGCUGUGAUGUAGCCAAAUCAAAAGGUUUUGGAAGUGGGGGAGGGGGUUGGGUGUUCCCCUCACGCAGGUUGCGUGGUCGAACAGCAGUCAGUGAGCUGAACAUCACCUAUGUGGUAGAGCGGAGCCUGUACGGUCACCUCAACUGGGCCCAACUGGUUCGUCCAGUAACCCUCAGUCGCGCUGAGCGCCGCUGUCUAUUGGAGGAGGACCGUGAGGCGGACAGGAAGUGGGCGGCCAGCGUGGACCGCUGCACCAAGCGUGUGCUCUUACGCAUCCAACAGAAGUCUAGAACCUGCAGCUUUGGGGGCUUUGACCUGUCCAACCGCUCGCUCCAUGUGGUCAACACAGGUUCAGAGGCCAAUAAUAAAGAGCAGGAGGCUAUAUACAGAGAAGUGGUUAAAUCCCCCACUACGUCUCGGAUCUCGCUGGGUAAGAAGGUCAAGUCGGUCAAGGAGACGAUGAGGAAACGUAUGUCCAAGAAGUACAGCAGUUCCUUGUCUGAACAGUCCAGUCCAGAUGGAGCUCCUGGUUCUCCACAGUCCCCUCAGCCUGACACCGAUUCUCUGGAAAAACCCAAGCUGAAGGCCGGCGGUUCUGUGGAAAGCCUGCGUAGUUCACUCAGCGGACAGAGUUCAAUGAGUGGUCAGACCGUGAGCACUACUGACUCGUCAGCCAGUAACAGAGAAAGUGUGAAGUCGGAGGACGGUGACGAUGAGGAGCCGCCUUAUAGAGGACCAUUCUGUGGUCGUGCAAGAGUCCACACUGACUUCACCCCUAGCCCAUACGACACUGACUCCCUCAAACUGAAGCGUGGUGAUGUGAUUGACAUCAUCAGUAAGCCACCCAUGGGAACAUGGAUGGGCCUGCUGAAUAACAAAGUGGGCACCUUCAAGUUCAUCUAUGUGGAUGUGCUGAGUGAGGAGGAGGAGAAGCCCAAAAGGCCAGUGAGGAGGAGGAGGAAGGGCCGACCGCCCAAGCCAACCUCUGUGGAGGAGCUGCUGGAGCGCAUCAACCUCAAGGAGCACAUGCCCACUUUCCUGUUCAACGGCUAUGAGGACCUGGACACUUUCAAGUUGCUGGAAGAGGAGGACCUAGAUGAGCUGAACAUCAGAGACCCUCAGCACAGAGCCGUACUGCUCACUGCUGUAGAGCUGCUGCAGGAGUAUGAUAGCAGCAGUGACCCAGAGCGCAGCGGCCUGUCCGGCUCCCAGGAGAAGCUGCUGUCUGAGGGACGGGGCCUGGUGGGAGACUCCCCACGGGACUCCGGGUGCUACGAGAGCAAUGAAAACCUGGAAAAUGGUAAAAGUAGAAAAGCUUCCCGUUCCAGUCGUUCUUCAGCAGGCCUUCAGUCUCCGGACUACCCCACACUGCCCAUGACUCUUUCCACAGAGGCUCUGCAACAGAACAGCAAGAACCAGCGCACAAAAUUCCCAAAAAACUUCUUCAUUAAGCCCUCCCUGAAGGGAUUCAACCUGCUUGGGCUGCGCAAAGCCCAAAGACAGUCCCCCAUCCCAGCCAGUCGUAGCUGUGAGGACCUUGAUGGACCCCCACAGCCCGCUGGACCAUGGAAACGUUCCCACUCUCUGGGAGAUCUGCACUGGGAACAGAAGUUUGAGCAGAGGAAGGAUCUCAGUGUGGAGCUUAAACUCACGAAGGAAGGACUCAAAUUGGGCAAUAGUAGCCCCAGCAAGGUCUGUAGAGAUGAGGGUUCCCCAACCCAGAACGGAGCCCCAAUGGUGAGCCCGAAAAGAAGGGCUGAUAGACCACCUGUGCCCUCACAACUGCCUCUGCGUCCCUCUUGUCCCACCACCCAAUUUCCCAUCCCUCCAGAGCCCCUCUCAAGUCCUACUCCCAGCCCACCCGACUCUAAUGCAAGUGCGGAUAGGGUCAUUCGGACUCACCCCAAAAAGCCUCCAGUCCCUCCUCCUGUUCCUGCCAAGAAGUCUAAAGAAAGACUAGUUAACGGCCUCCGACACCCCCCUCUCUCCCUGCCCUCCUCACCAUCUCCCACUCCUUCUCCUACCCAUUCCCUCACCCGUUCUCACCCCAGCAGCCCCAUAAUCCGCAGCAGCAGCCCCAGUGCUCCCGCCCCAGCUCUACCUGCCAAGAUCCCAAGCACCCCAACCAGUCCCUGUGUAACCUCAUCAGCCUCAUCCAUGGGGGAGGAAUCAGGCAGUCCACCAACAGUGCCGCCUCCAUGGUUCUCAGACCUAGGGGGCAAGGUGGCUAUUGCAAGGAAGGUUUCCCAUGCCAAGAUGAGCCCUGACCUGUUCACCCUGCUGGAACAACGGCUGGAAGCUGAGGGUAUCGAUCUUACGGAGGAGCCCUACUCCGACAAGCACGGCCGAUGUGGCAUCCCCCAGCCGCUGGUGCAACGUUAUUCUGAGGACUUGGAGCAGCUCGUCAAGGAUGUAGCCUCCACCAUGGACCAGCUCCGAGUCAAAGAGCUCCGUAAACAGCACCGCAUGGCAAUCCCCUCUGGAGGUUUGACAGAGAUGUGCCGGAAGCCUCUGCCCUCAGGUAACAUCAGCACAGUCUCCGAUUGGCUCAUCUCCAUCGGCCUGCCCAUGUAUGCCACGUCUCUGGCAACGGCAGGAAUUGACACGCUGAGCCAUGUGGCCUUGUUAACAGAGAGCAGUGUGUGGGAGGCAGGUGUGCGGGACGAAAGACAUGCCCGUCGGAUGAUCAGUGAGGCGCAAUUGGUCAGCGCACACAGAGAGGUGCAGUCCUAACGAUGUUGGUGAAGUCAGGUUGGAUAACAGGUAUCAACUCACUGGUUAGUACCAUCUCAUUCAAAUAUGGUCAAUAGGUGGCCAAGGGCAAAGUGGCCACAAGACUAAACAACCUCACAAGUGACCACAGCACUAGAGUGCUUGUUGUCUCACAUGUGUCAAAAGACUCAAAGUGAGCUUGCCUGCUCCCUGAUUUCAUCUCUUUAUCACUCUGUCUUUUCUCAAAUGUUUACGGCGAAUAGGAGUUUAUCCUGAAAGCCAAGACAAAAUAUCGGAUGCCUUUUUUUUUUUUUUAAAGACUGUGGACUCAUUCUGUGGGAUAGCUUUCACUCUGAAGACACCCCCUAAAGUCUUAAAAUAAAGACUUGGAUCUGCCUUUAAGGAAGAUAGCACACUCUUUUGUAGGAUCAAUGUGUUUUAUAAAAUACAGACAGAUGGAUGGUUAUUUCCUGCAGAUUUUGUAAGUGCUUCAUUUUCAUCUUGUGCGGCAAGGCAACAAUUAUCUGAGGGUCUUUUUAAGGAAGUAGCUCAGCCAAAGUGAUUUCCUACUUAUUCAAGAUUUCAUUCCCACUAAUAGGUUCAUAAUGACUGACAGAACUCAUUCAACAUCUGGAUCUUAAUCAACUAAACACAUUCAACAACAAUGAAUAACUGGUGGUAUUGAGAUUGAAAUGGCUUAUUUUGUAUCAUGUUUCUGUAUUAUAGCAUAACGCAUAUAUUAAUUUUAAAAUGAUUUAUAUGUUAAAAUGUGUGUUUGCCUUUUUGAAUGUUGCAGCCUUAUUUUGAGGCUCUCAGUCAUUUCUAAGCUGAAAAUGCUGACAUCACACCAUUAUAUUUCAUAUUAUAUUGUAUGUCCGAUUUCAGUGUAUCUUGAAUGCACGCC